AUGGAAGUGAAAAUUUAUAAGAGUCCCUCGGACUCAACUGAAGAAGGCUAUGACUCAUGUUUUGUUGAAUUUGAUGAUUCCCUGGUUGAGGACUCAGAGGCUAGUUUUUCCCCGAGUUCCUCCCCUAACACCAAGAUUUUGUCUUCCGAUGGCCAUCAUCAGCAAGUGGAAGACUUGAAGCAGUCCAUAAAAGUCUUGGAGAGAGAUCCGGAAACCUUGAUUGCGCAGGUUAUAGGACUGAAGCAUUCCUCAAAGCUCCUCAAGCAAGAGAUGAUCAAACAGAUCAGGGACUACAUAAGAGAGCACAGUGCCUACUUCCGUGCAGCAAAGACCACAGUGAUUUCUCAAUUGAAGAAACAAGAGGAAAUUUUAUCGUGCUUGACUGAAAACCACCAAAUGGAAGGCGAUGGACUGGAUGUGCUGUUGAAAGAUGUUGGGAAACCUUCUCUAGAGAAGUCUUCCACUCUCACUAAGUAG